AUGUCGACAGUGUCGGAUACCAAUGAGCCUUCAUCAAACCAGCAGGACCGAGGGAAGCCUCCAUACUCCCCCACACAUGCGGGACUUGGCGGCUUUCCAGAUGUGAUACCGGACAUUCCCAUCACAGCUGUGUUUCUCGUUCUCUAUCUUGUCUUUGGUGUCAUUCACAUCAAAAUCCUCAAGAGUAACAAAGGCCGAGGGCACAAGUUCAUCUUCAAUGGCGCGCUACUGGGUCUCUGCAAGAUCCGGGUAAUAACGGCAUCCCUGAGAAUAGCAUGGGCUUGCGAUCAACACAAUGUCGGGCUCGCGAUGGCAGCAAACGUGUUCACUUAUGUCGGCACAAUCAUCCUGUACAUGGUCAACUGGUUCUUCACGCAACGUGUGGUUCGUGCGCAGCACACCAGGCUCGGUUGGUCGAAGCCCUACCGUAUUAUUCACCGAGGCGCGCUUGUCCUGUUGAUCACCAGUCUAUUGAUGAUCGUCAUCACAUCGAUCUGGCAGUCCUUCACGCUGAACGAAAACACCCUUCGUAUCUUCCGGAACUUUCAGCUUGCCGGUCAGACAUACUUCAGUUUCUUCGCGUUCGCUCCAAUUAUUUUCGUCUUGAUCUCCCUGAUCUUACCCCGCCACGAGGUCGACAAGUUCGGAGCUGGCCGUCUCAGAAUCAACAUUACGAUCCUGUUGAUUGCCGCUACGGUGCUGUCGACUGGGCAGAUCUUCCGCUGCGUCAUUGCCUGGCUACCUCCCUUCCCAUUGCGGAACCCUCAAGGCCGGUUCCAAGACCCGCCGUGGUACUACGAUAAAGCUUGCUUCUACGCGUUCAACUUCGUCACUGAGAUCAUUGUCGUCAUCAUGUACGCCAUUGUGCGUGUCGAUCUGCGCUUCCACGUACCGGACGGUGCGAAACGAGCAGGAGACUACAGUCGCAGCAGCGUUAACGUUCACUUUAGCGAGAAGGCUCUUCACCCCAACGUCGUAUCAAUGCAUUCCAACGGCUCUAACGAGACUCUACACUCAUACCAGACAUCAUUGUUCGAAGACUCUGGGACAUUGGCCGACUCCCUCCGAUAUCCGUCUUCGACACUGGCAAUCGACGAGAAGACAGGAGCAUGGAAGAUCAAGCGCGCGUCGGGUUCAUCGACGGGCAGCCACCGCUCUUCUACUGGCUCUCGAUCAUCAAUGUGGCUAGAUAGGAAUACAAUGGUAGAGAACGACAUCCCACCUGUACCUGAGAUCCCUAACCGGAUGAGCUGGCCGCUCAGGACUUCGAUGUUGCAUCCCAAUGAUUCGGUCGCGAAAUUGGAACACAACAAUCCCUCGAAGAGGAACUCACCCCAGCGGCAAUACGAGCUCAAUGGCCAUGGAUUCAACGGUCAUGAUGUGGGCGACGCCGUCCAAGCUGCGCUGAACAAGCUUGAGGGGAAGAACGGCAGCAAGGGCAAGCUCAGGACAAGAUCGCCACCACCAGAGUAUGAUGACAUCGAGGCUAUCAAUGCAGCUGGACGCUCAUCAACCGACAAGAAGUACAAGCACUUCUUGCGGCCGGGCUCUUUCGACAACAAGAGUGAUGGCGGGAAGAAUGAAAAGAGCGAGAAGAGCGAGAAGAGCGAGAAGAGUGAGAAGCGCUCCACCUACCCCAUGAUCAUCACGAAAGAUGAUCGCAAGCUCCCUCGAAAGCCUAGAAAGUAUUCCUCGAGCGAGAAAGCCCAUUUCUGCCCAGCAUCACCCGUAUCACCAAUUCCGCCGGAGGUGUACGUGCCCACACACAUGAUGUCAGGAGCGAUGGACGGCCCCUCAUCGAUGCCCGAACCCACAUCAGCACUAGCCUCACACCCACCGACCCUGAACAAGCAACGCUCAUCGAGCCUCGAGAUCAUCUCUCUCACCAACCGCAUUGCUGAGAAACGCAUGUCUGGAGACAGCAACCCCCGCAUCCUUGACCUUUCCAGCGUUCCCAAACAGGAAUACACUAGAGACUCCGGGCGCACAUCGCGUUCGAACUCAACACGCGGUGAGAGACCCAAUUUGCACGAGCAGAUGCUGAAGGCCUCAGUGGAGCGUCCGAAGAGCCACCAGCUAGUAAGUCCACUGCAAUCGAUGCCGCCUUCUGCCACCGGCUCAGUGAAUGCUCGAGGACCAGGUGUCGCUUCCAAGUUCGGCACUGUCUCUUCGUCGAUCUACAGCUCUACGACAACGAGCUCAGAUCAGAGGGAAGCUAUGAAGGCAGAAGAAGAGUUUCGCAGGUUCAGCUUUGAGGCUAUGCCUGAGGAAGAUGAGGAGCAUAGGAAUGGGGAUGGUAAUCAUAGUCCGCAGACCAGGUCGGUGUGA